GGCGACUUCAGAUCUUAGGUCGUUUUCUCCUCCACCCUGGACCUGCCCCAGCUGUGGUUGGAGCCUUCUCCUGAGGUCCGGGGCUGAGGCUUUCUCCCAGGGGCGAGAAUAGAGGCUGGAUCCCUGUCUCCAAAGCCGAGAUUCGGCCGGUCCUUUUGCGACCAAGCUGAAGCUUCUCCCCUCUCCCCACCGCUUCUGGCCUGGAACAGAGGCUAAGCGUUCUGAUAUCAUACACACACACACACACACACACACACACACGGACUGGGCUCUGAUCCAUUAGGUCACAGCUCCCUUUGGGCUCACCUGCUCCCUCACCCAUCCCGGGCCAUCUUAGGGCGCCAGAGCCUGGAAGGCUGCAGCCUUUUCCCUCACUCCUGGGAACGGCUCCACUCCUUGCCCUGCACUGUUUGCAGCCACUGCCUCCUCAGCAGCUGUGUUCCCAGCGUCUGUCUCCUGGGUCCUCCCUCCUCUCCUUGCUCCGCAGAGCACUUGGAGCAGAUAUCCAGGCUGCCCGAAAGACUUUGGUUGGGUUCCUGCACUGAGGUGGAACCCCAGCAAAACCUGCCCUUUCUCCCAUCAAUACCCCUAGUCCACAAGGCAUCCCGACCCUCAGACCCCUGGUUUGGAGAAUCCUGCCAAUAGUGAGCAGUAGAACGAUUUUCCAAAGCUUCCAGUUUGCCACUUGGAAGGUCACUUUCUUUGGAGCAAAGGAGAUAAUGGAAGGUACCCUGCCAUUGUUCACUGAGAGGCGGGGUGGCAUGGGCUGUAGUUGCUCUGGGAGGGAUGUGGCAGCUGGGGCUGGGUGGCUCUCCCUAAGCUUGCUCUGACAAAAGAGUUUUGAGUUGGUCUUUUGGCUGAGCCUGCCGAGGAAGGCAGGCUCCUGCAGGAGUCUUGGAGGGUCGGAUGCAGCGCCGGAUGAGGAUGAGGCGUGGCGGAAGAUGCGUUUGGCUCUGCAGACACUGCAUCGGGCAGCAGGGGACUCUGGGAGGCUGGUGCAGCCAGAAGGCAUGGCUCUUGACAGCCUUCUAGUAGAGUCUCUGGAAUUGUGCAUGACAGAAGAGGAAAGAAACUAACGGGUAUUGAGCACCUACUGUGUGCCAGGCUCAGGCCAGGUCCCCCUGGCCUCCAGCCACUCUAUGCAGACUUGCUGCCUGCUAUGUCACCGGGAACGCAAAGGCUGGGAAGAAGGCCCUUCUCAAAACGGACUGGUGUUGCAGGGUGAGAAGUUGCCCCCUGACUUCAUGCCAAAGCUCGUCAAGAAUCUCCUAGGCGAGAUGCCUCUGUGGGUCUGCCAGAGUUGCCGAAAGAGCAUGGAGGAAGAUGAAAGACAGACAGGUCAAGAACAUGCAGUGGCGAUCUCCUUGUCACAUACAUCCUGCAAAUCGCAGUCUUGUGGGGGUGACUCACAUUCGUCCUCGUCUUCCUCUUCAUCAUCCUCAUCCUCGUCCUCUUCCUCCUGCCAUGGGAACUCGGGGGAUUGGGAUCCCAGCUCAUUCCUGUCAGCACAUAAGCUCUCGGGCCUCUGGAACUCCCCACACUCCAGUGGGGCUGUGCCAGGCAGCUCACUUGGGAAUCCUCCUACCAUUGCCGGUGAGGCUUUCCCCAUCUCGGAGUACCACCAGCACUCAGACCUCACUGCUCCCCCUAACAGCCCCACUGGCCACUACCCCCAGCCAGCAUCUCUGAUCCCGUCUCACUCUGGCUCCUUCGCCUCCCCACCUCACCCACACCUGCUGCCUACCACCCCGGCAGCACCUUUUCCUCCCCAGGCUUCAGAGUGCCCAGUUGCUGCCGCUGCCCCCCACACCCCAGGGCCAUGUGAGAGCUCCUACCUGCCCUCCACCAGCAUGCCGCUCCUGAAGAUACCUCCACCAUUCUCAGGGUGUGGCCACCCCUGCAGCGGGCACUCUGGUGAGCACUGCAGUGGGCCUGUCCUCCCACCACCGAGCUCUCAGCCACUCCCUAGCACUCACAGCAGAGACCCUGGGUGCAAGGGGCACAAAUUUGCACACAGUGGCCUGGCCUGCCAGCUGCCCCAGUCCUGUGAGGCAGACGAGGGGCUGGGUGAGGAAGAGGAUAGCAGCUCUGAGCGAAGUUCCUGUACCUCAUCCUCCACCCACCAGAGAGAUGGAAAGUUCUGUGACUGCUGCUACUGUGAGUUCUUCGGCCACAAUGCGCCACCCGCUGCCCCGACGAGUCGGAAUUAUACUGAGAUCCGGGAGAAGCUCCGCUCAAGGCUGACCAGGCGGAAAGAGGAGCUGCCCAUGAAGGGGGGCGCCCUGGGCGGGAUCCCUGGGGAGCCCCCCGUGGACCACCGAGAUGUGGAUGAGCUGCUGGAAUUCAUCAACAGCACGGAGCCCAAAGUCCCCAACAGCGCCAGGGCCGCCAAGCGGGCCCGGCACAAGCUGAAAAAGAAGGAAAAGGAGAAGGCCCAGGUGACAGCAGAUGCUCUAAAGCAGGUGAAUCGUGUUUCUGGAGGCGGGGAGCCAAGGCCUGUGAGGGAGAGGCUUUUGGAGUGGCCUGACCAGGAACUGGAUCGGGUCAACAGCUUCCUGAGUAGUCGUCUACGGGAGAUCAAGAACACUGUCAAGGACUCCAUCCGUGCCAGCUUCAGUGUGUGUGAGCUCAGCAUGGACAGCAAUAGCUUCUCUAAGGAGGGGGCUGCUGAGCCUGAGCCUCACAGUCUACCCCCUUCAAACCUCAGUGGCUCCUCAGAGCAGCAGCCUGACAUCAACCUUGACCUGUCCCCUUUGACUUUGGGCUCCCCCCAGAACCACAUGUUACAAGCUUCAGGCGAACCAGCCCUACCAUGGGCAGAAAUGAGAGGCCCCCAUCCACCAUGGACAGAGGUGAGGGGCCCCACUCCUGGUAUCAUCCCUGAGAAUGGGCUAGUGAGGAGACUCAACACAGUGCCCAACCUAUCCCGGGUGAUCUGGGUCAAGACACCUAAGCCAGACAACCCUAGCUGUAAGGAGCCAAGUUCAAAGGAGAUCCCUAGUUGCAAUCAGGAGCUACUUGAACCUGUGGCCUCAGGUGGGAAGCCACGGAAGGGCAAAAGACAGGGUAGUCGGGCCAAGAAGAAUGAGAUGAGCCCAGCCCACCGGGCCCCGACCAACCUAGAAGUUCUCAGUGCUAAGGGCCAGAGCAGUGGUCCCAAGCAGCCAAGCAAGGUCCUAGAGCCUCCCAAAGUGGGCAGCUGUGCCAAGGCUGGAGUGGGGUGCCAGGGGAGCCAGCCAGGACCAGGUUGGUCUGGAAAUAUCAAAACUGAGAAGGAGAAGGGCAGCUCCUGGCAAAACUGGCGAGGUGAGGCCAAGGCACAGCCUUCGGAGCAGGAGUCUGUACAGACCCCAGGCCCAACAAAGCCACAAAGCUUGCCUCAGGGCAAGGGCCGCAGCCGCCGCAACCGCAGCAAGCAGGAGAAGCCGGCCUCCUCCUUGGACGAUGUGUUCCUGCCCAAGGACAUAGAUGGGGUGGAGAUGGAUGAGACUGACCGUGAGGUGGAGUACUUUAAGAGGUUCUGUUUGGAUUCUGCAAAGCAAACUCGUCAGAAAGUUGCUGUGAACUGGACCAACUUUAGCCUCAAGAAAACCACUCCCAGCGUGGUUCAGUGAGGUCCUGCCCAGAAUGAGCUUUUCCAGGGUGCGACUGCCAGCCGAAAGUCUGCACUUUCUCCCUCCAUCUGCCCUACCUGCCCAACCAAGACCCUCCCUGCUUUCUGCCGUCCUUGACCAACUAAAAGCUGAAGAGAUGCCACACUGUGCUGGGGCCCUUUAGGACCUUGGCAGAGCUGCUUCCUGGUGCUACGCAGCCUCCACACUCAGAGCCCAGAGAUUGGGCUGGCCUGUGGGCCAGGGGUUGAUGGUACUGCUGGCCCAACACUGCUCUCUUUGUGUUUGGUUUUUUGUUUUUAUUUUCCAAUUCUUUUGAUACUGUGAAGAUCUUUCAUGCUGAAAGAUAAAGCAACAUUUGGACACAGA